AUGGAACAGCCGAUUAUCAUACAGAUAGAAAGUAUUUACUACCCUGUUCUUGCAACCAUUGGCAUUCCGGCUAAUGUGUUAACAAUUGUGAUUCUCUCCCGUGGACGUUGUGAUCUCUCCAAAUGCGUCACUCGAUACCUGGUGGGUAUGGCAGCAGCGGAUUUAUCUUUGCUGCUGUUUGCUGUAAUACUCUACGAGAUUAAGGAUUAUUAUUUUCCAUAUUCAUUCCUCAACUACACACCAAUUUGCAGCCUUAACCUCACCCUGUAUUUGGCUUCAGUUGACUGGUCUGUCUGGUGUACAGUCGCAUUCACCUUUGAUCGAUAUGUUGCUAUUUGUUGUCAAAAGCUCCGAACAAGCUAUUGUACCGUUAAAAGUGCAAAUGUGGUUAUAGCAGUGAUAUUUGUUUUGAGCAUCUUGGAGACCACUCCGCUGUAUUUUAUCUUCAAUCCUCGUGAAAUAAUUGGUAACCUACCGUGGUCCUGUGGUGUGAAAACAAGCUUUCACACCCUGCCAAUAUGGAUAGCAUAUUGGUGGUUGGAAAUUAUUUUAACCCCAUUUCUUCCUUUUGUUUUGAUAUUACCAUUGAACGUACUGACUAUCAGGCACAUAGUACUCGCAAACACUGUCAGAAGGGGACUCCGAGGAAAGAACAAAGGUCAGAAGCUUGACGAUCCGGAGAUGGAGAGUCGGAGAAAAUCUAUGAUUAUACUGCUGGCCAUAUCUGGCAAUUUUAUACUUUUAUGGAGUGCGUCCUUUGCAUUCUACGUUUGUGUACAAUUUAAAGCCGCGGAAUUUUUAGUAACAAAUUACAAUGAUUCAUUUACUAUUCUCGAACAAUCAGGAUACAUUCUCAGGACUUUGAGUUGCUGCACAAACACCUUCAUAUAUGCAGUUUCCCAGCGUAAAUUCAGGGAUGAGCUAAAGCUAAUGAUUAUGCAUCCCCUAGCUGUUAUAAUACAUUUAUGCAAGUUAAAUUCGUCACUGAACUAA